AUGGGCAUCAUCAAAGCCGUGGUUGUCGAAGUGGCGAGAACCGCGCUCGAAGAUCGGAGACAACCUCAAAGCGACUACCGCGGUGGUUACCAGGGUCACCAGGGUGAUCACCAAAGUAAUCGGCGCUCCAUAGCUGGCAGUUCGUCGACAUCGGUGCCGACAUCAGUGCCGACCACUGUGUACCGUGAACAGAGGUAUCCUGACGACACUAAGCGGCCUGAAGGUCCCCAAGCACCGGCACUGUACGAUGAGGCGCCCCCGCUGUACCAUCAGAUCAACCAGAGCACGUCGCAAAGGGAUAUUGGCCGUUCUCCAACUACCAACCACAACCGAACCAUUAUCCGCGAACCAAUGGAGGGUACCAACACUGACAGCUACAACCACAGUUACAACCAUAGCUCUGACCGCGUGACCGUCAGUUCAGGCCAGUACGAUGAUAAUGGCGAGUUUCCCGGUUUCGGGACUCGUCUCAAGGGACGGCUUGCGGACCGGCUUGACGAACACGCGUCUCGUCCCAGCCGUGGACAACGCCGUGAGGAACGUAAGUACCAGAAGAAGAUGCUCAAGGAGGAAGAGAAGCACGCCAAGAAGAUGGAGAGAUACAGAUAG